AUGGGAAACACGCAGAGUCACGUGUUCGCCUCUCUCUCUCUGUGCUCUCUGUAUUUACUUUACUCCAAGAUUUAUUGCUCGUAUCGUGUGUUAUCCACUAAAGAGCUUCAUUACAACAGACAGCCGAGUUCUGCGUACCUCUUUCUCCGGUACGUGUCCCGCUGUUUGAGGGGCCCCCGCGGAUCAGGGUCAGAUGGAGCCCGGCUGGAGGUCACUCUGCACGGCUGCAGACUGGACCUGGACCUGCUGAGGAGGUUCUGCUCCGUGGGGGGGUACGGCUGGGACUAUCCUGACAGUGAAUACAGAGACAUCCCCCUGUGCUUCCCAGAGGCCGUGUGCUUCAAACUACUGCUGACGCUGCUGACGGACCAGGACUUCAAGCUCAGCCCUGCAGGUCUCGUCCGGGUGCGUCAGUCCAUCCGGAGCCUGCAGCCCGUGGAUGAGCUGAAGAAGGGUCUGUUCCAGGUGCGAGCUUCAGUGCUGGUCUACAGAGCUGUGAGUGGAGGAGAGGAGGUGGACAUCGCUCUCUCUGCUUCGUCCAGAAACCAGAGUCCAGUGUGGGAGAGCGUCCUGACCCUGCUGUCCCAGACGGAGACACACAGACGCACGAAACCAGCGCCUCUGAGCAGAAGCAACGAUGCACAGAUGGAUCUGCAGCAGGUGGAUCUCACAGUGCCCAGAUUCCCCACAAUGCCUUGCUUCUCUCUCUGGCGGGCCGCCUCGGCUCUUUGUGGAUUAAAGUCUCUGAUGACGCCAAGACUUUGGAUGCUGUCCGUGUGUUUGGCUGAAAUUGAGAAGCGUCGAGGGAGUAGAUCAGUCACCGCUCCGGCCAGCGUCACUGUACAGUUCACAGAAGAAACCACGAUCCCAGGGACAGUCCAAGCCCAGUUUUGGGACUCGAAAGACACUGUAGAUCAAGGGUCUAUGAAAGUUUGCUUCAGUCUGAUGAGCGCUGGAAGCAAGCGGGCUCUGAUGGAAGGACGACUAUCUUCUGUGAAUGAUUGA